CAAAAGAAAACCGAAAAGAGACUCAGCGAUGCGACUGUUUAUUCUGAGGUACAGGGUAAUUCGUUCGUUUUCCAGCACUUGAGCGUUGAGAUAUCCCACCAAAAUAAGCCACAUUUCUCGAACAUCCAACCUCCUCAAAACAAGUGUACAAGUACCAAGGAGACCCGAUAUAUACGGCGAACUAAGCUUCCUAGUGAACCUGGAAGCAAUGUCAUAGGUAUCUCUUUGCUGCAGGAUGGCUCUGCAUCUUCCCUCGACAGGGUACACCAGUCUGUUUGUGGGAUACUGGCUGGAUCAGGCUGAGCGAACAAUCAAGCAGUAUUCUCACCAUCACUACUGGCGGGAGGAUCCUCAGAUCAUCAAGGAUUCCAACGUUCCCAAGUCAAUCUCUGCGACGUCCGCAACGAACGCCGACGGUUCUAGGCCCACUAUCAGGUCCGCCUCGCCGGCAUCAUCGACGUGCAACUCCUCGGGAACGCCUCCCGCGCCCCGUGACGAGACCUACGUCCGGGGGCUCAAGACGUACCAAGGCUCUGAUGGCCCACCGUCGUCUUCUCCCGCCGACCCGCUGGACGCCAAGGCGGGUUCAGUUACUGCGCCAACGGACGUCACGCACCUGCCUGCCCUGCGUGGUGGAGGAGGAGGUACCCGUCGCGUGGCGGAGGCAUGCAGUCCUGCGUACGAGCCGCAGUCCGAGUCCAAGAAGUUGGGGCCGUUAUGGUCGGUGCUGGGCAAGAAUGUGUUGACGCUGGAUCAAUGGCUUGAGAUGUGGGAAGACGACAGGAUGGAUGCUAUGCAAGAGGAGAUGCCGGAAUACGACGACUGUGAUGACUGGUAUGAUGAUGACCGGGUGAACUCCAAAGAUGCCGCCUUUGGAGAUGAAUGGGACAGCUACUGGGAGACGUGA